UCGUCUCUCCAGGAAGAUGAAGAGGUAGAUAUGGAGGCUGUCAACUGGCAGCUGAACAACACCUCCAUGAAUGGGCAUUCGUCUACCCCAACUACAGUUCGCUUUCCCAGCUGGGUGACUUUUGAUGACAACGACGUUGGUUUUUCACCGCAGAACCUUUCUCCCUUGAAAACAGACACCCCACCUGCAGAUACACAGACUCCAGACGUUAACUUUAACCUCACUACAUCCUUUAAGAAAAGAGAACGUCCUAAAAGCACAUUGGGUGACCUCUCCAAAAUUCAAAAACUAGAUCUCUCCUCCUUAACCAAGUUGCCUUCUGUUGAAACACCACCAUGGAGUGCUACUAAUCCCUUCCUAGAUGAAUCUCUGCGAGAUGUCCAACCCUCACCCAUCAAUCCAUUCAGCUCAUUCUUUGAGGAGCGAGACAGGCGUUCCAAAAGUUCUUCUGUCUCCAGUGCUCCAGGCAAAAGCCAAAGAGACUCUCUCAUUAUUCUCCAUCAAGAGCCUGAUACCAUCAGUUUCCAUGAGGCAAACAAAACUGUAACCCACACAGAUGCUGUAGAGCAGCUCAAACAACUCCAGAUUGGAGACCCAGAUCGUGUGAGCAGCCCUACCUUGCCUGAUGAUGAUCCCAUGAUGCCAUAUGAUCUGGAUGCAGCCUUAUUUAACCUGACUCCAGCUCAGCCAAAGGAUGGAUGGCCAAUGAUGCUCAGGAUCCCAGAGAAGAAGAAUAUUAUGUCAUCCAGGCACUGGGGACCAAUAUACGUCAAGCUGACUGACAGUGGAUGUAUACAGCUUUUUUAUGAGAAAGGACUGGAGAAGCCUUUCCGGGAAUUCAGACUUGAAAUCAAUCAUGAGAUUUCAGAACGCAAACUCCAGAACUAUGAUGAGAAUGGAAGGAUACACAGUGUGCGGUUGGACCGCACAACCUACAAGGAGAAAAAGAAGUAUCAGCCUAAGCCAGCCAUUGCUCACACAGCAGAGAGAGAGCAAAUUAUCAAGCUUGGGACUACAGAUUAUGAAGACUUCCUGAGCUUCAUCAGUGCUGUGCAAGACACGCUGAUGAACUUGCCAGCCUCAUCAACAGAUCUGAGCACAGUGGGACUAAACUACCAAGAAGAAGAAAUCACGGUUGACGUCAGGGAUGAGUUUCAUGGCAUCUUGGCCAAAGGAGAUGGUGUGAUUCUCCAGCACAGUGUUUUGACCCAUAUCUAUGUUCUUAGCUUCCUUUCUGGCCUGGCAGAAUGCAGACUGGGCCUUAAUGAUAUCCUGAUCAAAGGGAAUGAGAUAGUUGCAAGGCAGGAUAUUAUGCCCACUACUACCAGUAAGUGGAUUAAAUUAUACAGCUGUCGUUUCCAUUCAUGUGUGGAUGAGGAUGUGUUUAAUAACUCCCGUAUUAUCCUCUUCAACCCCUUGGAUGCCUGCCGGUUUGAACUGAUGCGAUUCAGAACAGUCUUUGCUGAGAAGACUUUGCCUUUUACCCUGAGGACAGCUGCCAGCAUCAAUGGUGCUGAGGUGGAGGUGCAGAGCUGGCUGAUGAUGUCCACUGGGUUCUCUUCCAACCGCGACCCUUUAACUCAGGUCCCUUGUGAAAAUGUGAUGAUCCGCUACCCAGUGCCAAAUGAGUGGGUGAAGAACUUCCGCAGGGAGAGCGUCCUGGGGGAGAAAUCUUUGAAAGCCAAGGUGAACAAGGGGGCCACUUUUGGAUCAACCAGUCUGUCUGGUUCUGAGCCAGUAAUGAGAGUAACUUUGGGAACUGCCAAAUACGAGCAUGCCUUUAAUUCCAUCGUAUGGAGGAUAAAUCGGCUGCCUGACAAAAACUCAGCUUCUGGCCAUCCUCACUGCUUCUUCUGUCACCUAGAGCUUGGCUCUGACCGGGAAGUGCCUUCCAGUUUUGUCCGCUAUGUAGAUGUGGAAUUUGACAUGCCCACCACUUCUGCGUCCAAAGCCACUGUUCGGUCCAUCUCUGUUGAGGACAAGACCGACGUGAGGAAGUGGGUCAACUAUUCAGCACACUACAGUUACAAGGUUGAAAUAGAGCAGAAAAAAAGCUUGAAUGAGGAUCUGAAGGGAGAAGAUACUGCAAAUGUCAAUGAAUGUGCUACGCAGUGA